UCAAGAAAAGCCGGAGACGAGCAACCGGCUUCGACGAGGACCGGCGGCCAGGGGACUCCUUCGAGAGAAUAGCAGGAGCCCUUCCUCCAGGACGAAGGACCCAAGCCCCGUCGACGCCGACUCCACCGUCAGUCCUCUCGCUCGGCCGAGUCCUUAAGCCAAAUUCCGAAGAACAUGGCGAGCCUUAUUCGAUCGGUCGUCAGCAACUACGAUGAAAUUAUCAAGACGAACAAGGAUCCUAAGGUGGACACAUGGCUUCUUAUGGGAUCCCCUGGACCGGUGUUUUGCAUCCUGGCCAUGUACCUCGCGUUUGUGAUAAAAAUCGGACCAAAGCUCAUGGAGAAAAGGCCACCCUUCGAGCUAAAGACCGUAAUGAUAGUGUACAACGCCAUCCAGGUGGUCUUCAGCAUAUGGCUAUCCUCCUUGGUCUUUCGGCACGACUUGAAGCAGUUACUCAACAGCAAUUGCGCGAACCCAAAUGUCUUAACACAGAGCGCGUAUACCGAGUUGUACUCUGCUGCUUGGUGGUACUUCUUUGCGAAAAUCGUCGAACUUAUGGACACGGUCAUCUUUGUCUUGCGCAAGAAGAACAAUCAGGUGACCUUCUUGCACGUGUACCAUCAUACAGUGACCGCCUUAUUUUCCUGGUGUUACCUGAAGUUGGCGCCAGGUGAGCAGGGCAUUGUCUUGGGAUUCCUUAAUUCGACGGUCCACAUCAUCAUGUACGCGUACUACAUGAUCGCCGCCAUGGGGCCGAAGUACAGGAAGUACAUCUGGUGGAAGAAGUACAUGACGUGGAUCCAGCUGAUUCAAUUCGGCUUGAUGCUCAGUUACCUGGUAUUCGUCCUGGCAAUGGACUGCAAGAUGCCAAAGGGUGUAACGUACUUCUUCGUCACGAAUGUCGUAAUCUUCAUCUACCUCUUCAGCGACUUCUACCGGAAGGCAUACAAGAAGAAACAGGCCUAGAACAAAGAAUCUCUCGCGUUCUCGCGAAAAUGUAAACAAUGUACAAUGCAAUUCUUCUCCUCGGCUGCGGAAGUUGGAUCAAAGUGUCCGAUACCAGUCCACAGGUGGAAGGUAACUUUAGGGCUAAAGGUUCUCCUGAAAGGGCGUCGGCCAUUUUUCCAAAAAAGGGCCGAUGAAAUGCAGAGAAGCCCAGAAAACCUGCCUCGAUAAAUUGAUGAAAGCUCUCUCGGCGUCCCUCGUCGGGAAAUUUCGAGCUUUUCUGAAUCUCUCGACGAGGAACUCUUUCGAAGGUACCAAAACCGACACGACGCGAGACGUUACCUAGGAGUAAGUUUGGAUAUCGAAAUCGGGACCUCCCCCCGGAUUCCUCGGUUGAGAGUACGGAGGAGAUACGCUUGUUAAUUAAUUAAUUGUUAUUUAUUGACACAGUCACGCGAAACAAACGACUGAUGUUCUACGAAUAUGCUUUAUUGUACAGCAAGUGUGUAAUCGUGAUAUUAUACAAAAGGUGAACGUAA